UUGAUUUGCUUGGUUCACAUCCAUACUCGUCUCUCUCCUCUGUGUCUUUUGAUUUUCUGAGAUAUUAUAUUUACUUCUUUUAUUUUCUCAGGACUUGUUGUCAUGUUUUAACGGAUAAAAACCUUUGGUCGGCUAACAAUGGCGACAGCUCUGCCAGCGCCUUCUCUCGCCUAUGCUUCUACUUCUUGCUCUGGUAAUGGGCAGCUCAGAACCUGCUAUUGUGUUUCAAUUCCACCCUCCAAAACCAACUUGAAGCGCUUCAGAGUCAGAGCUCUCAAAGAAAAAACAGAGGAAACUAAAACUCCAUCUUCUCCUGCUCCUUCGGCUGACGAAAUAACAAAGAAGUAUGGCCUGGAGGCUGGUCUCUGGAAGAUAUUCAGCUCGAAAGAGGAAGGGAGGGAAGGAGUUGAGGAAGGAAAAUCAAAGGGCAAUCAAGCCAAGGAGCUGGUAGCAAAGUAUGGAGGAGCAUAUUUGGCCACCUCCAUUACUCUCUCUUUGAUCUCUUUCUCACUCUGCUAUGCACUAAUUAACGCCGGUAUUGAUGUCCAAUCUUUGCUGCUAAAGGUGGGGAUUUCGACUGAUGCGACUGGGGAGAAAGUUGGUACCUUGGCUUUGGCAUAUGCUGCACACAAGGCCGCAUCUCCGAUAAGAUUUCCUCCAACGGUGGCUCUCACUCCCAUUGUUGCCAGUUGGAUUGGAAAGAAAGUUGAAAAAGAGAAAUAGCCUCUUUUUGGUACAACCAUGCUUCACAUGUAACAUAUUAUAUAUGGUAUUUUUCUUACUUCAACUCCUGAUUAUAAGGCAAAUGAUCUUCACAA